AAUUAUUAACAAAAUAUGGUAUAAAAAUAGAGCUGCCAUUGUGUAUGUGUGUUAAACAUUUUAUUAAACAAAUACAAAAUAUUUUUUCCAAUUUUAUUGGGAAGAGCUUAGCCAGCUAAAGUGACAGUGUAGUGGAUGAGACGUGAAACGUCACAGUGAAAAUUCAAUUAGAAUUUGAAAGCUCUAACUAUGAUUAAAUAAUGCAAACGAAAUUCUUGAUGAAUUCGAAAUCUAGUUGCCAAGUGUAACAAAAUAGUCAACAAUAAACAAUUAGCGCGUCCUGUUACGGAUCGCACACACACACACAUACACACAAACAUAAUCGUACACAUACAACCAUACCGCCGUCGCUGUCAAAGCCGCUGCCACCCUGCGUCUGCUCUACUCGCACACACACGUCCGCACAGGCUCUCGAAGCGACUUCGCAGCGGCUGCGGUGCGCCUUUCGUCAUCCAGUCAGCCGUUUUGUUGGUUGAUUGUGUCGUCGUUUUUGCAGCUGCAACGCAAAAACUAAAAAGGAGCACAAAUUUAGAAAUCAGCUUCUGGUUAACUGGAGUGUGCCGCUCGCGCAGAGCUAUUCUUUUUUCGGUUUUAGUCUUUGAAGCUGAGAUUUCUUUUUUCGCAAGCCCGAAGUCUUUGAUUAUGAGAUGGACCAAGUAAAGCUGAGGCAGCACAUAUUAUCGUCAAGUCAAUGCAGCUUUAAAUCUCUGGGCCCUAAUCGACGAAGCAGGAGCAGUAGCGGGCGGAACAACUAGUUGGUAGCAUGUUUAAUCCAUUAAAAAAGAUACUCACGUACAUACAGAAGAAUGCCAGCAGAGACAACAUGUUUCGCAACACAUCAAGCACCAAUAACAGCAUUUUGGCCAACGACGAAGGCGUAGGUGGGAAGACGAACCGAGGCAGCGAUGUCGAAGAGCAAGAGGAGAACGAGAGUGGUGUCACAUACCAGGCUGGUGCCAACGACCUGCCCGGAACUGCUGGGCAAAUCGAUCAAAAUGCUCAAGACAAUGAUGCUGACGCCGAAGAUCCAGAAGAAUUCAUAGCGGAGGAUGAGGAAUUUCAAUACGAUAUUGAGAGUCAAAUCAAAACCUCCAUUAUCGAUGCGACCAAAGUGAAGCCCCAAACGUCGCCAAACGCGCAGCUCGAUGACGAGCUCGCCGACUUUGCCGAAGCACCCCACGAACUCAAUGGCGUUGGCGACGAUGAGGAGGAUGAAGACGACGAGGGUGCGGCCGAUGGUGACGGCGAUGAUGAUGACGAAGAAGUGGAAGUGGACGAGCAAUAUCUCGAGCUAGAUAAUUUUCCGAAUAAUGAGAUCAUUGUACUUGCUGAUACGGAUCUCAAUUCAUCGCUUGCGUCAGACAAUGUGUCCGAAGAUCCCCUGGCCAUAGAUGAUUUCACACAGCCGCUGGUUCGUGAUUCUGACAAUGUGUUGGACUCAUCGUCGGUGACAACUAACGAAGAGGUGGAUACCAGCGGCGACCUAACGUGGUUGAAACUGCCGCCCGAUGGCGAUGAGCAGGAGACCUCCACCAGCUUACAGGCAACGGCGCAUCAUUCGCAUGGCCCUGAAUUAAGCGUCACACCCACACAUGUUAAGACCAAAGAGGAUGAGUUGCGCAGCGAUGGUGGUUCCGAUUCUGGCUUGGGCAGCGAAACCUCAACACUGCAAAUGACGCUUACAAGCCGAAGCGACAGCGCGAAAGCCGCGCCCACACAUGAAGGAGUCCCUACAGGGACGUCGUUGGGGACAAUCCCAAACAGCAGCGAUGCCACAGACUUACCAGUGGCUUCCACCUCCCAGGCCAGCAGCGACCCAAAGCGGCCGUUGCGCUCCAAUCUAAAGCGACGACUCGAGGAUGCCGAUGGCAUGGAUCUGGUACCAGAUAUGAGCACCACCUCAGCCGCAUCCACGACGAAGCGUCAGAAGCGAUCCAUCAAUUUUGACUCUGUCCAAGUGUACUAUUUCCCACGCCAGCAGGGAUUUGGUUGUGUGCCCACAGUCGGCGGCUGCACGCUGGGCAUGGGCGCCAGACAUAUUGCCUUUAAGACCAUGACGCUGGCGGAGCAUGCGGCGGAACUGAGGCGAGCGCACCGCAAUCAAAAUCCAGACAUGCAGCCACGUGGCUCCUCCAGCGACGACACCGAGGAGUCUGAAGAGGAUUACUUGAGUGAGGGAAGUGGCUCGGAUGCGGAUGGUGACUCCAAUGGCUUCCUACAGCCGGUGACGCCCAAACAGCGGCGAGCGUUGCUCAAGGCAGCGGGAGUCCGCAAAAUCGAUGCAAGCGAAAAGAUCGAAUGCCGCGACAUUCGCAAUUCCCGCGAAGUGUGUGGCUGUUCGUGUCGCGAGUUCUGUGAUCCCGAGACAUGUGCCUGCAGUCAGGCGGGCAUCAAGUGCCAGGUGGAUCGAGCCAUGUUUCCGUGCGGUUGCACGCGUGAGGCAUGCGGCAACACUGUCGGACGCGUCGAAUUCAAUCCGACGCGUGUCCGCACCCAUUAUAUACACACGGUCAUGCGUCUGGAUAUGGAACAGCGUCAGGGACAAAAUCCAAGCAACACCCUAAACUACAGCAGCAGUGGGAACAGCGGCGUAUCAGCUGCCGUUUCCCAUUGCUACUUUAUGCAAACUCAGUCGAACUAUAGUUCCGGCUAUGCCUCUCCAGCCUACACGCCCGAUGGCAGCGUCAGUUACUAUCAGCAGCAAACACCAACAUCAGCGUCGGCGGCGCAGCAGCAGCAGGAACAACAAUCCAGCUAUAGCUCGCAUCCGGAUCUGCACACUCCUCAGUAUGCAAUAGAUAGUCUGGAUCCGAAUCUGUUUGCCAGCGGCACUAAUGCCACGCCCUCAUACGGCGAACUACUGGCGCCCACGUAUCACAGCCUAAGCUAUGGUGGAGCUACAAGUACUAAUGCCUCGCAGCUGUCGCCCUACAAUGCCUAUCACCAACAUCAGACCAGCAGCAGCGCCAGCGUGAGCGGCUCAUAUUCGCCUUCAGGAGUGAGAGCAGCUGGAACCGCUUUACCACCCAGUACGUACAGCUCCUGUGCAGUGCCAUCGGCGCCACCAUUUGGUAUUGCCACAACCACUGCGUCCGCCAUUCAAUAUCACCAUGCGAUCGUACUCGAAACCACCGCCUCAAUGACCUCGACCACAACGUUCCUUGCGGCUGCGCCCACUGGCACGGCAACAUGUGCCUUCAGUGGCGCUCGCCAAGCGGCUGGAGGCGGCAACGGCAGUGCCUCUGAAUUUAUCAGCCUAAGCUCACCUAUUGCCAGUUCCUCGCGCCUCUCACAAAUCAACGAUCUGCUGCAGCACAAUCGCAACACCACCGCCGCACUCGUGGCCGUCUCCGAAUCCCCCGGCAGCUCGCUGGGUUAUGCCGCCGGCGGACGCAACGCAGGAAGCGCUGUUACCGAUCAGAGACAGCAUAGCGGGGCGGGCAAUACGAACACGGUCAUGGACUCAAUAGACACGCCCCCCAUCGAGGAUGCACAACGCAGUUGUAUGGCCUUUGACGAACUACCGCCCCCCAUGCUGAAUCCCACGCCCAUUGUGGCCGUGCUGGAGCCCAAUGCUGGCAAACUGCCAGAGUCUGCAACUGGGAUGGGCGCGAAAUCGACCGCUCAGAUGCCACUCCAGCAGCCACCGUCAACGCCACAGCCGCGACAACCAUUAGACGUCAGUCUCAAUGGGGGUUGCGCCACCGAUUAGGCCCAAAAGGAACCGAAACGAAAUUCCUUGGUUUUUUCACACAACAAGACUUACUUAUGCAUAAGUGGCGUCGAGGUGCGCGUUGGCGUUGUAAUCAAAAAAAAAAAAAAAAAACAAAAACAAAACAAAUCUAGGAAUGUCUGUUUGACAACAGAAAGCAGCAGCUACUUUGUGUUAAUUCUCCCCCCAAUCCUGUACUCCUAUCAAGAAUUCAAUAUUCUUGUUUUGUAAAAAUCAUUUUUAUUGUUAAAUUAUAAUUAGUUUUAGAGAAGAAAAAAGAUGUAAUUUAGCUAAUGAUUCACUGUUUUUCUAUUAUAUACAACGUGGAUCAUCCAUAUGUUUUCGCUCUUAUGUAAUCUCUAAUGCUCUAUUGAUUUGUAAAGAGAAAACACUUUGAAUACUUCCAAUGCACAAGCAUAUAUGUACAAGUGGUCCAUAAACAUCACGUUCUACAAUGUUUUAAAUGAAAAGCAAAUAGUCUAUUCUAAAUUGAAUUUGGAAAGUUUUCACAAACCCGCUAAUAUUAAAAAUUGGUCGAACUUUAUGAACUUCUCAAUAACUAGAUAGUCUCACCGAAAUCUUUGUGUGUAAUUCCAAAAUUGUUUCCAUUUCUGCGCUAUCUAACGAAUUUACGCCUUCGCACUCUAUUUGUUUUCCCAUUCAAAAAAGUUGAACUGUUAAGACGAAAACCUUAAUGUUAUUUAUCUUUUAAUUGCCUUACUUUUUGUUAAAAUGUUUUAAAUACACUAUUUAGUUAAGAUAUAUAAUUUUAUUAGCAAUGU